AGUACCCUCCUUUCUCUCUCUUAUUUCCUAAACUUUCCAAAAACCAAACAUCUCUCUCUCUCUCUAAACAAAUUGGAGCAGAAAAACCAGAGCUUUGCUACUAAAGUUUUUCAAACUGGCGAUUGAUAAUCAAGAUUCCAGUCUUAGAACUCAAGCCUAAGAGCAGAAAAAUAAUGGGAGCUGGAAUACCUGAUGAAGAGGAAAAUAAUUGGCCACUAUGGUUAAAGCCAUUGCUUAAAGAAAAAUUCUUUGGCCAUUGCAAAUUACAUGCUGAUUCUCACAAGAGUGAAUGCAAUAUGUAUUGUCUUGAUUGUAUAAAUGGCCCUCUUUGUUCUCUUUGUUUAGCACAUCACAAGGACCAUAUUGCUAUUCAGAUAAGGAGGUCAUCAUACCAUGAUGUGAUAAGGGUGAAUGAAAUUCAAAAGUAUUUGGACAUUUCUUCAGUCCAAACAUACAUUAUCAACAGUGCUAAGGUUGUCUUUUUGAAUGAAAGGCCACAACCUAGGCCAGGCAAAGGUGUAACAAAUACUUGUCAAGUUUGUGAAAGGAGCCUUCUUGAUUCCUUCAAAUUCUGCUCUCUUGGUUGCAAGGUUGUCGGGUCCUCAAAGAACUUCGUUAAGAAACCGAAGCAAUUAUCCGCGAAAAGGCGGCGGUCGAUGGUGGCGGCAUCGGACUCCGAUGACUCUUACAGCAGCAGCAGCCAUGGUAGGUACAAGAGCCACAGCAACAAGGUCCAAAGUUUUACUCCGUCGACGCCCCCUCCAACUUCAGUUAAUUACAAAACGGCCAAGCGAAGAAAGGGAAUUCCACAUAGAUCCCCAAUGGGAGGACUACUCAUAGAAUAUUAAGUCCUUUUAUACACCAAAUUAGAAUAAAUCCCCCACAUACACCAAACCAAACACUAGUGCUUUCUCCCAAGAAGGCCAGUGUUUGAUAGCUUUGUCUAUAAGAGCAAUAAUGUAUAUAAUGUUAGCCAGAUGAAAAGUUAAGAGGGUGAAUGUUGAAAUAAGAAAAAAUGCAAGGGCUAAAUGGGUUAUGUUAAAAGUUGGGAUUAGAUAAUAAUGCUAUAGUUUAUAGUUUGAUGAAAUAUCAGAUAUGAUGGCUUUUGAAAUAUCAAGAUGUAGAUAUAGUGUAAUAUUGCCAGGAUAUUUUAACAUUGGGUCUAUAUAGAUGGAAUUUUAGUAUUGUAAAUAAUUUAUACUAUUCUUUUAUUGUUCUGAUUUUUGGAA